AUGAGUUUCUUGCACUUGUCCAACAACACUUUGGCUGUUCCCCGUGGCGAGGAAGGUUAUACUCCUCUUCAAAAACUUGGUUCUCCCUACCAAGAGCUUCUUCAGAGAUUCCAGGAAGUCUACAAUCCUAGUCAGUGUGUAGCAGUAGAUGAGGGAAUGAUUGCUUGGAGGGGGAAUUUGAAGUUUAGGGUGUAUAGUCCGGACAAACCAAUCAAGUACGGAAUAAAGCUUUACAUGCUCUGUGACUCUAAGAAUGGAUAUUGUUCGCGAGUGGAGCUGUAUACUGGUCGUCCAUCAGAAGUCAGCGAGUACGGGGCGACUUAUGAUCGUGUUAUGCGGCUGGCCGAACCAUACCUUUUGAAAGGUUACAAGAUUUACAUGGACAAUUACUUCAGCAGUCCAGCACUAUUUUAUAACCUGUGGCUGAAUGGUACCCUUGCUUGUGGAACGUUACGCAGCAAUCGGAGAGGAGUUCCAGACAAGAUGAAAAAUGCUCAUCCAUGCAAAGGCCAGAUGAUGGCAUUCAACAAUGGAACUUUAGUGGCAGUGAAGUUUUCCGAUAAAAAAAGAAGUCUGUCUCCUAACAACAAUCCAUGA